GCCGGGUACUUCCUGUGGGGGUUUCCUCUGGGUACUCCGGUUUCCUCCCUCAGUCCAAAGACAUGGUAGGCUGGCGUAUCUAAAGUGUCCGUAGUGGCGUAUCUAAAGUGUCCGUAGUGUAUGAAUGGGCGUGUGAGUGUGUAUGGCACCCUGUCCAGGGUGUACCCCGGCUUGUCCCCGAUGCUCCCUGGGAUAGUCUCCAGGUUUCCCCGUGACCCUGAAAAGGAUAAAGCGGUAUAGAAGAUGGAUGGAUGGAUGGAUAAAAUGAACUGAGAUGCACCUAUUAAUAUAUACAUAUAUGGUAGAUGUCUGGCUCCAAUAUAGUAUAAACGAGCUGUUACUAUAGAAACGAAGGCACGCAUUAAUAUAACAGUGUGAUUUGACACGCAACCGGAACUACUGUCAGAACUGUUGUUAGAGAAAAUUAACCACAGAACACCUUCUAUGUGUACAGAAAUGUGUAUAAAUACUCAUUUCAGUCACACUGGGCUGCUACUGAAGCGAAAUAAUCCGCUGCUACACCUCAUGUAGCCCAGGAUAACCGUGUCCAUGUGAGAGAGGGAAAGCGCGUUUAGUUUCAGUCGUCACCUGAAAACGCAGAUAUUCUCCACUCUGCGCUCGCUUUCCAGACUCACGCUGUGUGGGGCCGCGCGGUUUGUUGUUUUCUUGAAAACAAAAGGUAUCGCAGCUUUUAGUGAAAAGGACGAAAGAACAGAAGAGGGCUACAGGAGAGCGAGCGAGAGAGAGUGUUUGUGUGUGAGAGAGAAAGAGAGAGAGAAAGAGAGAGUGUUAGUGCAGGCUUUGCGGACUGCAGGCCCGAGUGAACACGGCUGCGAAACCCGGCAAUACAAACACACAGACAUGGCCAACAUCGCCGUGCAGAGAAUCAAACGGGAGUUUAAAGAAGUUCUCAAAAGCGAAGAGACGAGUAAAAAUCAGAUAAAGGUGGACCUGGUGGAUGAGAACUUCACCGAGUUAAAAGGGGAGAUCGCAGGACCUCCGGACACGCCGUACGAAGGUGGCAGGUAUCAGCUAGAAAUCAAGAUCCCAGAGACGUAUCCUUUCAAUCCGCCGAAGGUGCGGUUUAUUACAAAGAUCUGGCAUCCCAAUAUAAGUUCGGUUACUGGGGCAAUAUGUUUGGACAUUCUGAAAGACCAGUGGGCUGCAGCGAUGACUCUGCGCACAGUUUUGCUCUCACUACAGGCUUUACUAGCUGCCGCCGAGCCCGAUGACCCUCAGGACGCCGUAGUAGCCAAUCAGUAUAAACAGAAUCCCGAGAUGUUCAAACAGACCGCUCGGCUGUGGUCUCAUGUUUACGCUGGCGCUCCCGUCUCUAGUCCUGAAUACACACGCAAAAUAGACAAACUCUGUGCCAUGGGCUUCGACAAAAACGCAGUAAUAGUAGCUUUGUCUUCGAAGUCGUGGGACGUGGAGACGGCAACAGAACUUUUGCUUAGCAACUGAGACUUCACCUAUCAUCUUUAGGCCACGAUUUCACAAUCCACAUUUUUUUCCCCCCCUCAUCCAAGCAUGUAUUGAGAUCAGCUCAAUGUAAAAGAAUAAAAUCUGCUCCAAACUUGAACGUGUGUCCUGGGGGAUUACGGUAAAGGAGGAAGUGUUCUCGUUCCAGUGCUAACGCAAAUCAUUCAAAUCACUCACUAUCUUGAGCCAAACGACGUGAUGAUGCAAGAAAGCACCUCAUCGUGAACUGAUUUUGACCCUGCUGCUGUACGACUGUGCAGUUGUUGCUGUUUAAACGGUCUUUUUAAAAGCCAUACGAUGGCCUCCUCCACCUUUCUCUUCACCCCCCCUCCCUCAUGCUUGAUGUCCAUUUCCAAAAAGAACCAAACGAGGGGAAGCCUGUAUGACUGCCACUUUAGAUGCUCCAAAAGACAGCUGCUUGUGUGGGUGAAACGGUGUAUAAAUAGGUAUAUUAAAGGCUCGUGUACAUUCAGGAUAAAGAAGAAGAGGGGAAAGUGUUAGUUUUUCUAACUGUACAUUGUAAAGACCUACAUUUAAUGGAUUCGCUAAGGAGGAAACAAUCAGAUCAUCAGCCUUCACUGUUUUCAUAAACAUAGAAAAUUGGCCAGAUGACAUGGUGUGAUAUUACUGCUUAAUACACAUUUGGUUUCUUUAGAUCUCUCUCUCUCUCCCCCCCCCCCCCCCAAAAAAAAAACAAAACAGGGGGAUAAAAGGAUGUGGUGUGACUUGAUUUUAAUUUAUUUAUCUAUAUAAUUAAAAGUUUCUUUACCUUUGAUUAAAUCUACACUAAACUUUGCCUUUUAGUUCGCAGCUUUAAAUCGUCUGGGCGGCGUUCACAUGCGUUCUCUUAUGCACCACUGUCAAAAAUUCUAGUCUCAGCAUCGGUUUAAUAAUGUCAAGAAAUGCAAAAUGAGGCUUCAGUAAGAGACUUUUCCCUCUGACCAGAAACCAUGUGUGUUGCUGAAGCCAGAUUUCAGUAAAUUUUCCUUUACAGAUAAAAUUUUUUUUUUUGGAGGCUGUAUCAAUUACUUCCAAGUAUCUAAUGUUAUGUAAUGAGACACAAACUGUUCCAGGGGAUUAGCAUUGCUCAGAUUCGAUUUUUGGAUUUGAAAUAGCAGUCUGAGAGUGGAGAAUGACUUUUAGACUUCAAAGAUGAGAUGAGCCAAUUCUCAAGAUUAACAUCUGAUUCUCAACCCAUCUUUGAAUCCUUUAAUUCGCAGGAACCACACGCAAUCUCAUGCUGGAAAAACAACAAACCAGUGGAACCAUUCUCACUCUUGCGCGCGCACACACCUUCCCUUCACUUGUACAUAAAGUCCCUUUCUUUAAGUAUUGGCCAUCCUCUCAGUGCACCAUUGAUGGCUUGGUUUCUGUUUUGUAUGAAAACACAAAAAAACAAAAAAAUGAAGUCUGUCUUCCUGUAGUAAUGACCAUGUUCAAUAUUGCACGAAGAAACCGCUGAACGGGGGAGGGGAGGAAAGACAUGUUCUGUUAGGAAGUGGGGGGAAAAAAAAGUCAAAAAUUUAAGCAAUCUGUACAAGCAUGGUUAUUUAUUGUGAAACUAUCAUUUCUUUGAAUAAAAAAAUGCUUGAAAAAUGAAAAGGUGUGUGUGUGUGUGUGUAAUUCAUUUUUUUUUUUUUUUUUUAAAACGGACAAAGAUUUUUAAGUAAAACUAAGGAUAAAACAGACCCAUCCUAAAAUAAUGAAAAACAGUUCAAAACAAACUAUAAACAAUUUCAAAUCACUUUUUUUUUUUUAAUGCAGUACAAUAGAGCUGCUGCAUCUGAACAUUUCAGUUCAAAAUUAACUAUGCGUAUAAAAAAUUCUACAGCAUCACUCACUCGCUCCUCUGAACCGAGAGGAGGGAAUACGAGAAGCCCAAUCCUUGCAUUUUUAUGCUUUGUACAAAACAGGAUUUAAAAAAAAAAAAAAAAAAAAAGGCAAAUAUUUC